UCUUUUUCGGAUCACAGCUUUCUUUGAUGAGAAACCAAAACUUAGUGCUAUCCUUUGCCAGAGCAAUAACGUUUGCUCUGAAACAUAAACCCCUACUCCUAUCCAACUUUUCUCUUCGAGUACACACGCUCUGUGAUAACAAACAUAUUGACCAUGCUAAUAUUUAUUCCUAUAACCGAGCCAUUGAUAACUUACUGAAAUCAGGGUCCUUAGGUUCUGCCCUCAACUUGUUUGAUCAAAUGCCCGAACGAGAUGUCAUCACUUGGAACAUUAUGAUUUCAGGGUAUUAUCAUUAUGGGUUUGUAAGAGAGUCAUUUAGUUUGUACAGUCAAAUGGUUUUUCAGGGCAUUGUAGAGAAUUCAUCUACGUUUUCAACUGUUUUGAGUAUCUGCAGCUAUGCAGGGUUGUUUAGAGAAGGACUUGUAGUUCAUAGCAGAGCUAUUGUUCUUGGGCUUAGUCCAAAUGUAUACAUUGGCUCCGCCCUUAUCGAUCUUUAUUUGCAAAUGGGCCUCAUUGAUAUUGCUUUGAGAUUGUUUAGUACCUUGCAAGAUAGAAAUUUGGCUACAUGGAAUGUUGUGCUGCGUGGCGUUUAUGAAAUGGGACGAUCAAGAGAGUUGCUAAGAAUAUAUAAUGACAUGACAUUGGAUGGCAUUGAGCCGAAUGGGCUCACCUUUUGCUAUUUGAUUCGGGGCUGCGGUUGUGAGAGGUUUCUCGAGGAAGGAAUGCAGAUGCAUUGUUGUGUAAUCAAGAAAGGGCUAGUCAAUUCAAAUUUGUUUGUAGCCAAUGCUUUGGUGGACUUUUACUCUGCAUGUGGGAGUUUAAUCGAGACUUGGAAGUCUUUUGAGGUUAUCCCUCCUGAGGAUGUCAUAUCUUGGAAUUCCUUGGUUUCCGUUUGUGCUGCCAAUGGCUAUUCAUUUGAUGCUCUAGAAGUCUUCCAAAGAAUGCAAUUCUGGGGUAAGAAACCGUCAGUCUGUUCAUUCUUGGGAUUCUUGAAGUUAUCUAGUGCUACAAAGAACAUAUCAUUUGGGAAGCAAAUUCAUUGUUGCCUCAUGAAAUUAGGGAUUGACACUCUCCUCGUUCAGUCUGCUCUGAUCGACAUGUAUGGAAAAUGUGGCGAUAUUGAGAGCUCAGUCAGCAUAUUUGACAGUAUUCCUCAGAGGACACUGGAGUCCUGUAAUCCUCUCAUGACAUCUUUACUAAGUUGUGGUCUAAUACAGGAUGUGAUUGAGCUGUUUGGUCUAAUGGUAGAUGAAAAGAUUGGAUAUGAUGAAGUUAGUCUUUCUUUGACUCUGAAAGCACUGUCAGUCUCUCUUCCUGCCAGCUCAGCUAGCUGUUCUUUGCUGCACUGUUGCGCUAUAAAAUCAGGUUUUGAAUCUGAUAUUGCAGUCACUUGUUCUCUGAUCGACGCAUACUCUAGAUCUAGUGAAAUUAAACUUUCCUGCCAGAUUUUCAAUCAACUUUCCUUCCCAAACGUCAUCUGCUUCACAUCAAUAAUUAGCGCACUUGCGCGGAAUGGUAUGGGAAUGGAAUGCCUUGAAAUGCUUGAUGCGAUGAUCCAAAAUGGUCUAAAACCUGAUAAAGUAACAUUUUUGAGUGCAUUAAUGGGUUGCAACCAUUCAGGACUGAUAGAAGAGGGAAGAUUACUCUUCUGCUCAAUGCAAACGCAUUAUGGCAUACAUCCAGAGAGGCAGCAUUAUUCAUGUAUGGUUGAUCUUCUGAGUCGUGCCGGUUUACUAGAUGAAGCAGAAGAGCUGAUCAAAGAUACUCCAUGGUACGGUGAUCCUGUGAUUUGGAGCUCAAUUUUGAGGAGUAGCAGCAUUCACAAAAAUGAACAAGUAGGAAAGAGAGCUGCCAAAAUGUUGUUGGACCUUGAGCCGGAGAACCCUUCUGGUUGGUUGCAGGCUUCUAAUUUUUAUUCUCAGAUUGGGGAUUUUGAGAUGAUGAGACAAUGUCGGGAGAUUGCUAUAGCAAGACAGAUGAGAAGAGAAAUAGGCCAGAGUAUGAUUGAGGUGCGCGAUUACAGCUACCACAACAAAGAGCAGAUGCUAUAUUAAUGAAGUAGUAGUAGGGGAGUUAGAGCAACCCAAAAGACAGUACAGGAUAAGGAUACGCUCAACAUUCCAAAGGAGUUCCAGGCCUUCUAUGAUAUGCAUACAGUUAUGUAUUGCAAUGAGCCACGAGCCACAAGGAGGUUAUAUUUCUGUUCUUCUGGUUCCCGUAAGAAAACAUUAGAAUAAUGUUGAUCUUCAUGUUCAGAUUGAACUCCGAAGUACUAUGAAAUUAAACCCGAUCAAAGAUAUCUGUCCCACAACUUU